GGGUUUCCUGUGUGGAUGCUGGUGGCUAUACCUGGAACAGAGGGGGAGCAGAAACCUGAUGUCCUGACCACUGGAGGUGGUAAUCCAGUAGGAGACAAACUCAAUAUUCUUACGGUAGGGCCCCGAGGGCCCCUUCUUGUUCAGGAUGUGGUUUUCACUGACGAAAUGGCUCACUUUGACCGGGAGAGAAUUCCUGAGAGAGUUGUGCACGCCAAAGGAGCGGGGGCUUUUGGCUACUUCGAGGUGACACAUGACAUCACCAGAUACUCCAAGGCGAAGGUGUUUGAGCACGUGGGAAAGAGGACGCCCAUUGCAGUUCGCUUCUCCACAGUUGCUGGAGAAUCGGGCUCAGCUGACACAGUGCGUGACCCUCGUGGCUUUGCAGUGAAAUUUUACACAGAAGAUGGUAAUUGGGAUCUCGUUGGAAAUAACACCCCUAUUUUCUUCAUCAGGGAUGCCCUAUUGUUUCCGUCCUUUAUCCACAGCCAGAAGAGAAACCCUCAAACACACCUGAAGGAUCCGGACAUGGUCUGGGACUUCUGGAGCCUGCGUCCUGAGUCUCUGCAUCAGGUUUCCUUCCUGUUCAGUGAUCGAGGGAUUCCAGAUGGACACAGGCACAUGAAUGGAUAUGGAUCGCAUACUUUCAAGCUGGUUAAUGCAGAUGGAGAGGCAGUUUAUUGCAAAUUCCAUUAUAAGACUGACCAGGGCAUCAAAAACCUUUCUGUUGAAGAUGCAGCAAGACUUUCCCACGAAGAUCCUGACUAUGGCCUCCGUGAUCUUUUCAAUGCCAUUGCCACAGGCAACUACCCAUCCUGGACUUUAUACAUCCAGGUCAUGACAUUUAGGGAGGCAGAAAAUUUUCCAUUUAAUCCAUUUGAUCUUACCAAGGUUUGGCCUCACGGCGACUACCCUCUUAUCCCAGUUGGUAAACUGGUCUUAAACCGGAACCCAGUUAAUUACUUUGCUGAGGUUGAACAGUUGGCUUUUGACCCAAGCAACAUGCCGCCCGGCAUCGAGCCCAGCCCCGACAAAAUGCUCCAGGGCCGCCUUUUCGCCUAUCCUGACACUCACCGCCACCGCCUGGGACCCAACUAUCUCCAGAUCCCGGUGAACUGUCCCUACCGUGCUCGAGUGGCCAACUACCAACGCGACGGCCCCAUGUGCAUGAUGGACAAUCAGGGUGGGGCUCCCAAUUACUACCCCAAUAGCUUUAGUGCUCCCGAGCAUCAGCCCUCUGCCCUGGAACAUAGGACCCACUUUUCCGGGGAUGUACAGCGCUUCAACAGUGCCAACGAUGACAAUGUCACCCAGGUGCGGGAUUUCUAUUUGAAAGUACUGAAUGAGGAGCAGAGGAAACGCCUGUGUGAGAACAUUGCAGGCCAUCUCAAAGAUGCACAACUUUUUAUCCAGAAGAAAGCGGUUAAGAACUUCAGUGAUGUCCAUCCUGAAUAUGGCUCCCGCAUCCAGGCUCUUUUGGACAAAUACAAUGAGGAGAAGCCGAAGAACGCAGUUCACACCUAUGUGCAGCAUGGGUCUCACUUGUCUGCAAGGGAGAAAGCUAAUCUCUGAGGGUCGGGGGCCCUGAUCCUGCGCCACGUUGCCGUCCGCUUAUGAAGCAAAGCAUGCCGUUCACACCUGUACCCACUGAUCGCUGGAUGGAAGAUUCUCCGGUGCCAGACGUGCAAAUGCAAGUUUGUGUCUGUAAAAUGAUAAUCCAGAUUUCUAUAGCAAAUUAUGUAACAAUGGCUUUUAACCCUACUUUCCUGUGGGUGAAUGAAGGUUAGGGCUUAACAAUCAUUUAAAAGAAACAUGUAUUUGCUUUUGACAGCUGAUUAUUCACUUAAAAUGACUACAAUGAAAGUUUCUAGCAGAAAUAUGAUUUUGUUUGACAAGAAAAAGUCUUGGUGACAUUAAUGUUUACAUAUCAUCUCAUGGCCUAUUUUAUAAAAAUAUGACUAAUUAUAUAAGAAGAAAAGAUAAAAA